AUGGCUAAACCAAAUCUACUGAACGGAGAGGAGGACGAGCUCCAGCGAAUAGUCCAACAGAGGCUGGCACUCUAUGGACCAAAUACUUCUGCGGAACUGGUCACCCAACUCUUUAAAGCAGCAAUGGAAGAGGCUAGAGAGAAAAGGGCCUAUCAACUCCAG